AUGGAUGAAAAAUAUGAAACGGUUAAAUUAUGUUACACAAUACAUAAGUUUUCAAGUUACUCAGCUAAUUACACACCAGAAAAUAUCAUGGUGAACAAUCCUUCCGAUCAACUGUCGAGAUGGUUUACAGACAGCUCGAACACAGCUAGUACGCUGCUACCGCAAUAUGUUAUGCUCAAACUUAAGUCACUGUCUAUUGUAGAAACCAUAAAGUUUGGCAAGUAUAUUAAGCCCCAUGUCAGUGAUCUCAAGAAAUUUCAAAUAUUUGGUGGUACUGAUGAAAAUAAUCUUUCCCUACUUUUAUCGGCGGGUUUAAAGAAAGACAGUGCACCAGAGACAUUUAAGCUGAGAAAUAGAACUACAGAAGGUCUUUACCUACCUGUGCAAUAUAUUAAAAUUGUGCCCCUGCUGUCGUGGGGCCCAGCUUACAAUUACACCAUAUGGUAUGUGGAGCUGCAUGGAAAGAAUCAGGAAGAUCUUAUAAAAAAUGCUAUGGAAACAAUUAAUUUGCGUAAAGAAGAAGAGGCAGUGCGUAUAUUACUGAAACACCUCCGACGGCGACGCUACAAGGACGCUUUUGAAGCACUAUCUAGAGAAAGUGGAGUACAGCUUGAAGGACCAAUACAGUCGCGACUUUGGAAUGCAUUGGUUGAAAAUGGAGAUUAUAAAUUAGCAGAGCAGAUACUAGAAGAGGCUAUGAAUGAGGGCGAGAUGGACUGGUACAUGUCGUGGCAGCCGUACCGGCCGCAGUGGCGGCAGCUGUCGGCGUGCUCGGCGGCGGUGGAGGCGCGCCUGUGCUGCGGGGACGCCGCGCCGCCCGCGCCGCGCGCGCGCCCGCACGACCUCGCCUGCGCGGACCGCGACCCGCGCCUCGACUUGCCCGAGUUGUCCACGAAUGGGUCAGAUGGCGUGGGAGUCGGAGUGGGAGUAGGUGAGAGUUUGGGUGUGGAGACGUGCGAUGCGGGCUGCGACGGCGCCUGCUCGGCUCGACCCGGCCCGCGCGGCGGUCAUCAGCUUGUCGUCGACCCCAACACUGGCACGUUAUACCUCUUUGGUGGCUGGAACGGCACAGAGGAUCUGGACGAUCUCUGGUGCUAUACCACAACGUCAGAACGUUGGACUCUGCUGUGCCAGCAUAGCAGUCUCAUGUCCGGUCCGUCUCCGCGCUCGUGCCACAAAAUGGUCUUUGACCCUGUCAAUGAACGACUUUACACUCUUGGCAGGUAUCUGGAUAAUGCGCAGCGGGUGCCUAGUAAUAUGAAUAGUGACCUGUACGUGUACGAGGUGCGGUCGGGCGAGUGGUCGCUGGUGUGCGGCGACACGGCGGCGGCGGGCGGGCCGCGGCUCGUGUUCGACCACCAGAUGUGCCUGGACGCCGACACGCAGACUAUCUACGUGUUCGGCGGCCGCGUGCUGCCCGCCAACACUGAGGAGCUGGUUAGUCCGCAGUACUCGGGACUGUACGCGUACUACAUAGCGAGCAACACGUGGCAGCUGCUACUGCCCGACCGCCACGACUUGCCCGCGCCGCAGCCCAGGGUCUCACAUUCUAUGCUUUUCCAUCCGGUGCAGCGGCGGCUGUACAUGUUCGCGGGGCAGCGCAACAAGGAGCAGCUGCUGGACCUGUGGUGGUGGGACGUGGGCAGCGGGCAGUGCGGCGCGCUGUGCGCCGGCGCGGCCUGCGCGCCGCCCGCCGCCGGCUUCACGCAGCGCGCCACGCUCGACCCCGACACCGACGAGAUAUUCGUGCUCUCCGGCAUGAGUAAAGAAAAGGAUAAACGCGUGUACAACUCAUUGUGGGUGUUGUCAUUGAAACGAUUGACUUGGACAUGCAUAUAUCGGAACGACAGCGUGUCUCCGUCGGAACCGCGGCCGAGGUUCGCGCAUCAGCUUGUAUACGAUCCAGUUAGGAAGGUACACUACUUGUUCGGCGGCAACCCAGGCACAUCGAACAGUCCGCGGCUGCGGCUGGACGACCUGUGGGCGCUGCGGCUGCAGCGAGCGGAGCGCGACGACGUGUGGCGCACCGCCCGCGCCGCGCUGCGCGAGGCCUGCUACCGCGAGCUGGCCGCCGCGCCCGCCGCCCAGCCGCGCGCGCUGCACUACCUGCGCCACGAGCUCAGCGCCGCGCUCGACCACUGCGACCCGCUGCAGGUGGCGCAGUUCCAGAAGCUGGCGACAGUGCUAUUCUCUGGGCCGCCGAGUGACAUCAGUGGCGAGUGCGCGUUGAAUCCCAGCCGAGUGCGCGCGCUGGCGCGGAGACGUGCGCGCCUGCCGCCGCACACCGACCUCGCGCACGCGCUGGCAGCGGUGCUGGGCGCCGACGACACAGCGUUGGAACCCACGCAGCCGUUCGAGGAGGCGGUGGAGCCCGUGCCCGACACGUGGGACGUGGGCGAGGAGGACGACGAGUGCUUGUCGGGCGCGGCGGGUGCGGGGUGCGCGGCGGGCGGGUGGGACGCGCGCGGUGCGCGCAUGCGGCUGUUCGAGCGGCUGUGCGCGUACUUCCGGCCCAGCCGCGUGCCGCCGCGCGCGCAGCUCACCGACCUCGUCGUGCUCUAA